AUGUCACGCGCUUCCAAGAUUACACUCGCAGCGACCUCACUUGGUGCAAUUGGCAUUGUCAUAUUUGUUCACCGUGCGCAGCGCGUGGAGAAGGCUGCCAUGCAUGCUGGCGUCGUCCGAGAUUACGAGCAGCAGCGGGUAAAGAGGGAGCGGCAAGCAGACUUCGAGAUGCAGCAGGAAUUGGAGAAGGAGUACAGGAAGAUACAGACAGUCUCAGAUGGCGGAGGUUCGACCGCACAGGAUUCUGGACCAAGUCAAUAG